CUCCACUGCUGCCUGAGUCAGAGGAGAAGAUCUGCUCAUGCACCGAUGGUUGUCUUGACCAUAAGAAAUGCUCACAAAAGGAAAUAUGCACUUAUCUGCCUGUGCAUUUUUGGCUUCAUCGUGUACAGAUAUUUCGGCUUGCCGGCGGGGGGACGGAGGAUGAGCAGGAAGAUGGGCCUGAGUGCCAACUCGUCCCAGUUCACCCUGGAGGGAGAGCCCUUCCGCGUCCUCGGGGGAUCCGUCCACUACUUCCGUGUGCCCAGGGCCUACUGGAGGGACCGCCUGAUGAAGAUGAAGGCCUGUGGCAUCAACACCCUCACAAUGUACGUGCCGUGGAGUCUGCACCAGCCAGAGAGAGCGGUUUUCAAGUUCCACUCACAGCUGGAUUUAGUAGCUUAUAUCAACCUUGCUGCUGAAUUGGGAUUGUGGGUGAUUUUGCGUCCAGGGCCCUACAUUUCCUCCGAGCUGGACCUGGGAGGACUGCCAAGCUGGCUCCUCCGUGAUGGCAGCAUGAGGCUGAGGACGACUCACCCAGGCUUUACUCAGGCCGUCAAUACUUUUUUUGACAAACUUAUACCAAAAGUGGUUCCACUGCAGUUCAAGAAAGGAGGUCCGAUCAUUGCAGUGCAGGUUGAAAACGAGUAUGGAUCCUUUGCAAAAGAUGAAAGCUACAUGCUUUUCAUUAAAGAGGCCUUACAGUCCAAAGGGAUCAGCGAGCUCCUGCUCACAUCAGAUUACCACAACACAUUAAAGUCUGGGGGUGUGGAUGGAGCCAUCAGAUCAGUGAAGCUGCAGAAGCUGAAUCAGAGGGACAUCCAGGAUCUGAACGCUAUCCAGCCCAACAGCCCCACCAUGGUGAUGGACUACUGUACUGGCUGGUAUGACGUGUGGGGCGACCUCCACCAUGUGCUUCCCCCAGAGGAUAUGGUGUCCACUGUGAGAGAGAUUCUGAGGCGGGGCAUGUCUGUCAACUUCUACAUGUUCCACGGAGGCUCCAGUUUUGGCUUCAUGAGCGGAGCACGCGCUGACCCUUCCUACAAAGCGCUGGUCCCCAGCUACGAUUAUGAUGCUCCCUUGUCUGAGGCAGGGGAGUACACUCCCAAGUACCACCUCCUCAGGGAUUUACUUUCUCGAUACAACAGAGAAGGCAGUUUCCCUGACAUGCCAACCCUGCAUUACAGGGAGUCUUAUGAACCUGCUAUCAUGUACCAGCACCUGUCAUUAUGGGAUGCUUUGAGCUUCACUGAGGGACCAUUUAAGUCACCCAAGCCAGUAAGCAUGGAGAAUCUACCUGUGAACAACGGGAACGGCCAGUCCUAUGGAUACACGCUGUAUGAGGCUACCAUCACCAGUGGAGGAUUACUGAAGUCUGGAGACAAUGUCCGAGACCGUGCUCUGGUAUUUGUAGACAGAAGCUUCAUUGGCCUUUUCAAGCGCCGAAGCCUGGAGCUGGCGGUUCCUGAUGGUAAGGGACAGCGUACUUUGAGUUUAUUGGUGGAAAACUGUGGACGAGUUCACCAGGGAAGGGACCUUGACAAACAACGUAAAGGCCUUGUGGGAGACAUUUUAUUAAACAAUACUCCCUUGCGUGAUUUUACAAUAUACAGCCUGGAUAUGAAACCAAGCUUUAUUGAUAGUCUUUAUCAGGCACCUUGGAAAUCUCUCCCCGACACUCCCAGCUUCCCUGGAUUUUUCAUGGGGAGGCUGUUUGCCUACGGGUAUCCGAGUGACACGUUUGUGAAGCUGCUUGGCUGGGAGAAAGGUGUUGUGUUUGUCAAUGGGCUGAAUCUGGGCCGCUACUGGUCAAUUGGGCCCCAGCAGGCUCUCUACCUCCCUGGUCCCUUUCUUAACAGUGGAAUAAACCAGGUCAUUGUGUUUGAAGAGCAGGAGGGUGACUACAAGGUCCACUUUGAGGAUACGCCUGAUCUUGGCAUGGCAGCCGACAUCCAAUGAUCGCCAUCUCUGUGUAUGGGCAUUGUUUUUUGUGUAAAAUGUAUCUUUUGACAAAGUGCUUAUUACAUCAGGUCAAACCAUCAAACUCAGGGAUAUUAAUAUUAUUUAUAUCAUGGCCCUUGUCUGAUAUGAUACCUUAAAAUCUACAUAUACACAGAUAAAUUAAAUCAGAGAAGGCAUGUUUGUAUGGGAGCAGUUUAUAGCUAUAUACAUACAGUACCUUGAGAUACAGUGACUCUUUACACAUAGAGAAACAUUUCCAAGUAUAUUCUCUUACCCGUGGAUUUCCACUUAAAGGGCAAUACGUUUUUAUUUGAUAUUUCUGUUAGAUUUGCUUUGCUUGUGUGAAUAUACUGCAGAGUGCAGUUAAUGACAUUUUCUGUGAAACAAAAAAAAUGGUUUAUGGGACAACCUGAGCUGAGGCAGGAGGGAUGUGAACAGCUUUCAAAUGAAACACAAGCAGCAUUGUAGCAACAUCAGACCCCAAUCUUUGAGUGAAAGUUUCGGAUGCCUGACACAUCGAUAACUGACCAAACUCCUAACAGCCACAGAGUCUGAGAACAUUAGCGUUUGUAAGCAGUGCCACUGCAAGUC